AUGGAGUCUAUAUCUAAAGAAUUUUGGAAUAAUUGGAAAUUUCCAAACUGUGUUGGAUGCAUAGAUGGGAAACACAUACGCAUACAGAAUCCAAAGCAGUCCGGAAGCAUGUAUCGGAACUACAAACAAUACUUCUCAAUUGUUUUACAAGCUGUUGCUGGACCAAACUACAAAUUUAUAGCAAUUGAUGUGGGAGCAUACGGUAAAGAAAGUGACGGUGGUAUUUUUUCGCAUUCAAAUCUUUGCCAAAAGCUUGAAAACGGAGGAUUAGGUGUUACAAGACAUUGUCCACUGCCGGGAACAAAUAUUACAGUACCUCAUGUUCUUUUGGGAGAUGAAGCUUAUCCACUCAAAACCUAUUUAAUGAGACCUUUUCCAGUAUCAAAAUUAGGACCUUCAAAAAUAAUUUCUAAUGAGCGUUUGUCUCGAGCAAGACAAGUUGUUGAAUGUUCAUUCGGAAUUAUGAGUAGCCAAUGGAGAUUAUUACAAAAAUCAAUUGAAGUAAAUCCCGAAUCUGCCGAUAAACUUAUUAAAUGCAUAUGCCUGUUGCAUAACAUUAUAAUUGAUAGAGAAGGAGAGCAGCAAAUACAUUGCUUGUACUUGUAG